AUGGCUUCUGCGGAUAUUCACUGGGGGAUCGCGCAGCUGAUGCCCACCUUUGAUGCCAACGGCACCUGUGAUAUAACUCCCGAACGACUCGCUGCCUUUUACCGCAAAGUUGGCGGCAACUACGACCCUUUAUUUCUCGAGACCAAGGCACAAGCCCUAUCAUUCAUAUACCAGUCACUAGGAUGUUUUCACAGUUUACAACCCUCGGCCAAUCCUUAUGAACCUCCAUCGAUCCCCUCACUACUUCCAAAUGGCUUUGUGCGGUGGCAGACAAUACAGCUGUUGAUGGACCCAGAUGAACAUUCCGUGUAUUUGCAGAAUGCGGUGGAGCUUUGGGAUAUUGCAGAUGCAAAUGGCGACAUAUUUCCGAAGACAAUCCCUCGAGACGCAUUUCCUUCUGAGCCUGACCCGGAGAUGCUGGAAUGGCAUGAAGGUGUGAGUCGGCGAUUGGAGCGCGACUAUUUGAAAAGACACACGAAGCGUGCUUCGCCGCCAGACUUUGGGACAUAUCAUUACCAUUUCAGUGGCAAGGAUCCUCUGCCCGACGAGGAUGACUACUUCUCACGCCGGUCGACGUCAAAGCGCCACAGUCGGGUGGAUCCCGAUCGGCCCAGCGACCAUCGCAAUCACCGCCGACGAUACAGUGGAGAAUAUCCCGCGUCUUCUGCACGCAGGUCUCGAGGCACUCGGCCGGGAUUUUCGACCCCGCGAGUUUCAUCCCCUCCCCCAUGGGGAGAACCUGUGCCCCGUUCAAGUGGACGAGGCCAAGGUGGUCGGCAUGGCCAUCCACUAAGCCCAGGGACAGGUGAAGUUCCAGAUGUCUCUGAAGUGUCUUCAGAUGAGUCUGCACGUCACCGCAAGGACCGUGCCAAACCCCAUAGGCACCGAGAGCGGCGUCAUCUAUCACCACCUUCCAACAGUAAUGCCAGACGCCACUCUCACGAAGCCUACAUCCGCAGACCAUUCCGAGAUCUGUCGCCCGCAAGUCCUACUCGAUAUCGCCAUGGGCACGAAAGUCACUCUUCACGAUCUAGUAAAUCCCACUCUGAGCCUUCCCCAAAGGUCCACCCGAGAGAUCACCCAAGGGAUCAUCAAAGAGAUAGGGAGCACCCAAGGGAUUACCCAAAGGAAAAUCCAAAGGAGCAUGCAAAGGACCGUUCUCGAUCGCGCACCGCGGGUGUCAAAUUCCGCGAAUUCAUAUUCGGCGACCCGGGUCCUGCUCCGGCGGCUCCUGAUCCACCUUUCUACAGGCCACCAACUCCACCACCCCCAAGAGCUGUACCGAGACAUCUUGGACCUUACGCCGCAGAUGAAAUGAGACGAGGAAGCUACAGUGGUGGCAGUCCAGCUAAUAGUCGACCCAGUAGUGGAGGAAGCGGCUCAGAGCGGCAGCGAUCAUACAGCAGUGCUGGCUUCCACCCUCGCCCAACCGGAUGGGCGAGCCCUCGGAGCUCCGGUUCAAAGCGAUAUCCUCCCGCCACCGUUCCCGAAGAUGACGGAUAUGUUCCCUCGCGGAGGGUCCCGAUUUACGAAUAA